CGGAAUCUCUUUCAUUCAUCGCCUGACUUUCGACAAGUUCCAGCCAACCACCUGUCAGGUGGUCUUCAAAGCCUCCUUGGGCUCAUCGCUUGCAGCGGAGCUAACAGAACUUUCCCUGGCGCAAAGACGGCCUCGGUAAUAAUCGGUCAAAGUUUUGAGACAUUUCGGGGUACGCGCGUACAAACCAGUCUACGGUGGGUAGUGUCUGUCCACAGCUGAAUGUUGCGUUGCUCCUUCCAGUCAUUCCCAGGUUCUGAUUGCUUGGCCGCGCCGCUUCCAGAACGCCUCGAUGAUUUUGCUGCUUGCUGUCUGCUUCCAGCGUCAUCGCAGCGCAUCGGCAAUGAAUUGGCAGCGAGGACAUCGCAUGCUGGACAUAAACAGAGUGCCGCUGUGCUUGGAGGCUGCGUUGCUGACCAGAGGCAUGGAAGCCCUACUGAAUUCACGGGUUUGGACUACAGGCCUCCUUGGUUUCCGCGGAGUUUUGGGAUGGGCCUUCUAUUUGCUGGGUGCUUUCGUCACUGGCAUCCUGGAAUGGUGCCUGAUAGAUGGGCCCAUCGUUGCUGUGCCGCUUUGGAUCUUUCCGCUGCACUCGAAGCUGCCUCUUCUUCUAGGCACCGUGUUCCUGUUGGAACAUUCCUUUCUGUCUGCCGAGACCGAGAAACAGGAGACUGCUCAGGAGGCCAAGCUGUCGGACAUUUUGAGCCAAUAUUUACUGACAUUUAUGUUGGUCCAUGUCUACAUGCUACCUUCGAGAACUGACCGUAUGGUGCCUGGCGCCGCGGUGUUGCUGGAACAGCUAUGGUUCCUGCUUGGCGUUUGUGCCCUUCCAACCUUCCUGGUUCACCUUGCGCAACAGCCAUUUCAGAAGUUCUUUUUGAGCGCUGUAGAUGUUGUGUCAAGGCAUUCUGUUUGGUCAUCGCUUCUCCCGCUUGUGGCUAUCUUGGCGGUGGGGACAGCCAUGCUGCUUGCGUGCACAGAGUGGGAAUGCAUAUCGUAGUGCGCAGCAGGCCUUGCAGCGCGGCCAGUGUAUGGCUCCCGCUCAGUGACAUCUCCGUCGUAACCAUUUGACGCCUUCUACGUGCUUUCAUGGAGGCUGCAGCAUGAAGGUCAUAGAAUCUCCAGCUGUCACGCGACGUGUGCGGGACAUCAAAAAUUGCUUGGGACCUUUGCGUUUAUUUGAUCAUCAAUGUUCACUCUUUUAGAUAUUUUCUUGGAAUUUCAGCUGCUUUUGCUCUACGCAAGGCCUCUGG